GUGGUCCUCAUCUCAUCAUCGCCGUCAUCUCGAGUCGCGCGAACCGCAAAAUUUGAAUGGGUUUCCCAAGAACGAUCUCAACGCGUCCGUCAGUUGAGUGAGAUUUCCCGUCGCGUUCGGAAUUGGCAAAAUUAGCAAGAAGAGGUGACGAAAAACCCCCCACAUUCGUCAUUGGUAUACGGGACCACUAGCCGAAAACCGACGGUAAACAGGGAACUCUUCGAAGAGACUGCGUGGGUGCAGCAUAGGACCAUUUGCCAAGAACCCGGUCCGUAUGAGCACGUAACACCGGAAGAUGGAGGGCAAACCGCUAUUCGAGAGCAAACAUUGCCUCUCGUUAAAAUGUGUGCUUUUCCUAUUCUAUGGAGGUCUGGGAUGCAUCUACCCUUUCCUCCAGUCGAAUAUGGCCUUCAAAGGGUUCGAGUUCAGUGAAAUCUAUUCGAUUUCGGUAAUUAUUCCGAUUGUGGCCUUGUUUGGGCCACUCAUUUUCGCCCUACUAGUAGACAAAUGGGCCACAUCGAGUGCCUUUGCCUACGGCAAGCGGCUGAGGAUUUUGACGGCACUGAGCUUGAUCGUAUCGAUUGUGCUGUACGUGAUCCUUAUGUUUGGCGUCAGUCGUAAUCCACCACCGGAAAUCUGCUCUCCGCAGGUUAAUUUCAUGUGCAACCGGAAGGGGGCCUUUAUCCUGCAGGAAAAAUGUACCGCGGAAAGCAGCUGCCACAAUUGGGAUCACAAUAAG